AUGUGCAGAGCCCAAGCUGGUGUCGACCAGACCGGCGGCGGUGCCGCUCCUGGUAGCACCCACGGCCGCGAGCUUCUCCCUUCCAACGUCAUCCCCCGCCAUUACCACGUUACUCUCGAGCCCGACUUCGACAAGCUGACCUUUGACGGUACCGUCGUCAUUGACCUCGAUGUUGCCCAAGAAUCCAGCUCCGUCUCCCUCAACACUCUCGAGCUCGACGUCCACAGUUCCAAGCUGUCCGCCGACGGACAGACUGUCGACCAUGCCCCCAAGGUUUCCUUCCAUGAGCCCACCCAGGUCACCAAGUUCGACUUUGACGGCCAUGUCCUUCGCAAGGGCUCCCAGGCUCAGCUCGAGAUCAAAUUCACCGGCCAGCUCAACGACAAGAUGGCCGGCUUCUACCGAUCCACCUACAAGCGCGACGACGGAUCUGAAGGCAUCCUGGCUUGCACCCAGAUGGAGGCUACCGACUGCCGCAGGGCCUUCCCCUGCUUCGAUGAGCCCGCUCUCAAGGCCAAGUUCACCGUCACCCUCAUAGCUGACAAGAACCUGACUUGCUUGAGCAACAUGGAUGUUGCCAAGGAGGAACAAGUCCAGUCCACCAUGAGCGGCACCACCAAAAAGGCUGUUCACUUCAACACCUCUCCCCUCAUGUCUACCUACCUUGUCGCCUUCAUUGUUGGCGAGCUCAACUAUGUCGAGUCCACAAAGUUCCGUGUCCCUGUCCGUGUCUAUGCCCCGCCAGGCCAGGACAUUGAGCAUGGCCGAUUCUCUCUGGACCUUGCCGUUCGAACCCUGGAAUUCUACGAAAAGGUUUUUGGCAUCGAGUUCCCCCUCCCCAAGAUGGACCAGGUGGCCAUUCCCGACUUUGCCCAGGGCGCCAUGGAGAACUGGGGCCUCGUCACCUACCGUGUGGUCGACCUGCUUCUCGACGAGAAGACCAGCAGUGCUGCCACCAAGGAGCGUGUCGCCGAGGUUGUUCAGCACGAGCUGGCUCAUCAGUGGUUUGGCAACCUCGUCACCAUGGACUGGUGGGAGGGUCUCUGGCUAAACGAGGGCUUCGCCACGUGGACUUCAUGGUACUCCUCCAAUGUCUUCUACCCGGAGUGGAAGGUUUGGGAGAAUUAUGUCACGGACAAUCUGCAGUCCGCUCUGUCUCUCGACUCCCUCCGUAGCUCCCAUCCGAUUGAGGUGCCCGUCAAGCGCGCCGAUGAGAUUAACCAGAUUUUCGACGCCAUCUCUUACUCCAAAGGCUCCUGCGUUCUUCGCAUGGUCUCUACUUACCUUGGCGAGGAGACCUUCCUCGAGGGAGUUCGUCGGUACCUGAAGAAGCACGCCUACGGCAACACGCAAACGGGCGACCUGUGGGCUUCCCUCAGCGAAGUCAGUGGCAAGAAUAUUCAAGAAAUCAUGAACGCAUGGACCAAGGAGGUCGGGUAUCCCGUCUUGACUGUUACUGAGAACGGCGCCGACAGCUCCAUUCACGUCAAGCAGAACCGAUUCUUGCGAACUGGUGACACCAAGCCCGAGGAGGACAAGAUUUUGUACCCUGUCUUCCUGGGUCUUCGCACCAAGGACGGCGUCGAUGGCGAAAUUGCCCUCACUGAGCGCGAGAAGGACUUCAAGAUCCCCAGCAAAGACUUUUUCAAGCUCAACGCCAACCACACGGGGAUUUUCCGAACCUCGUACUCGCCUGCUCGUCUGGAGAAGCUCGGCCAGGCUGCCAAGGAUGGCCUCCUCUCUGUCGAGGACCGCGCUGGUAUGAUUGCCGACGCCGGUGCUCUUGCCACUUCCGGGUACCAGAAGACGUCUGGUGUGCUCAACCUACUGAAGGGCUUCGACUCUGAAAACGAGUUUGUUGUCUGGAACGAGAUUGUGGCCCGCCUCGGGGCAAUCCAGAGCGCCUGGGUGUUUGAGGCUGAAGAGGUCACCGAGGGCCUGAAGGCGUUCCAGCGCGACCUGAUCAGCCCCAAGGCGCACAAGCUGGGCUGGCAAUUCUCCGACAAGGACGGCCACAUUGAGCAGCAGUUCAAGGCGGUGCUUUUCGAGGCCGCCGGUCUCAGCGGUGACCAGAAGAUUAUCGACGCCUCCAAGGACAUGUUCAACAAGUUUAUGGCUGGUGACAAGUCGGCCAUCCACCCCAACAUCCGCAAGAGCGUGUUUGCCAUUGCCUUGCGAUACGGCGGGAUUGAAGAGUACGACAAGAUUCUCAACUUUUACCGAUCAUCAACCAACUCGGACGAGCGCAACACUUGUCUGCGCAGCUUUGGGCGCGCCAAGCAGCCGGAGCUCAUCAAGCGCACGCUGGACCUCCUCUUCAGCCCCGAGGUCAAGACGCAAGACGUGUACAUGCCCGUCAUUGGGUUGCGCGCCCACGCAGAGGGAAUCGAGGCCCUGUACAGCUGGAUGGAGGAGAACUGGGCGGCGCUCUACGAGAAGUUGCCGCCGACCCUGCCCAUGCUCGGCUCCAUGGUCAACAUUAUGACGUCUGGGUUCACGACGCAGAAGCAGCUUGAGCGCGUGGAGAAGUUCUUUGGGGCCAAGAACAACAAUGGAUACGACCAGUCGCUCGCCCAGAGCAUAGACGCGAUCCGGUCCAAGAUUUCGUGGCUGUCUCGCGACAAGGAGGAUGUGGCUGGCUGGGUCAAGGCGAAUGGGUACGCCAAAUAG